CUGAUGGAAUUGCUGGAGCAGUGUGCUGACGGACUCUGGAAGGCAGAACGCUAUGAACUAAUUGCUGACAUAUAUAAACUUAUAAUACCCAUUUAUGAAAAAAGGAGAGAUUUUGAGAGACUUGCUCAUUUAUAUGACACUCUUCAUCGAGCAUACAGUAAAGUAACAGAAGUUAUGCAUACAGGCAGGAGACUGCUGGGAACAUAUUUCAGGGUAGCAUUCUUUGGACAGGGAUUCUUUGAGGAUGAAGGUGGAAAGGAAUAUAUCUAUAAAGAGCCUAAACUCACGCCUCUCUCAGAAAUCUCUCAGAGACUGCAAAAACUCUACUCUGACAAAUUUGGAUCUGAAAAUGUCAAAAUGAUCCAGGAUUCUGGCAAAGUAAAUCCCAAGGAUUUAGAUUCAAAAUAUGCAUAUAUUCAAGUUACACAUGUAAUUCCAUACUUUGAAGAAAAGGAGUUGCAAGAAAGAAAAACCGAUUUUGAAAGGACUCACAACAUUCGUCGCUUUAUGUUUGAGAUGCCUUUUACUCAAGCUGGUAAAAGACAAGGAGGAGUAGAAGAACAAUGUAAGCGACGGACUAUUUUGACAGCUAUACAUUGUUUCCCAUAUGUGAAAAAGCGCAUUCCAGUAAUGUACCAGCACCAUACUGAUUUAAACCCAAUCGAAGUAGCCAUUGAUGAAAUGAGUAAAAAAGUUGCAGAACUUAAACAGCUUUGUUCUUCUGCUGAAGUAGAUAUGAUCAAAUUGCAGCUGAAGCUGCAAGGAAGUGUCAGUGUUCAGGUUAAUGCUGGUCCAUUAGCAUAUGCAAGAGCUUUCUUAGAUGACACAAACACCAAAAGAUACCCAGACAAUAAAGUGAAGCUACUAAAAGAAGUUUUUAGGCAAUUUGUUGAAGCUUGUGGGCAUGCUCUGGGUGUAAAUGAACGACUUAUAAAGGAAGAUCAGUUGGAAUAUCAAGAAGAAAUGAAGGCCAACUACAGAGAAAUGGCAAAAGAGCUUUCUGAAAUAAUGCAUGAACAAAUUACUCCGGUUGAAGAAAAGGCCAGUGUUAUGCCUAAUUCACUACACAUUUUCAACGCCAUAAGUGGAACUCCGACAAGCACAACAGUUCAUGGGAUGCCCAGUUCUUCUUCAGUUGCAUGAUUUGUUUUGUAAAGGAAAGUAUGUUCGUGUUUUUUUUAAAGUAUGUGGAUUUGCUUCAUUGUGCGCAAACUCAGGAUGAUUUUGAAGCUAAAGGUUGGGCACGUGCAAGCUGCGUAAUUCAUACAAAUGUUUG